GUAUUAUCUAAAAUCGUGGUGGUCAAUAAAUAAUAAUUCGAUGUCUCGUGAUUCGUGGUCAAUACUCAAUUAUAGUCUUACAGAAUACAAUUAUAAGUAAUUCGUUAUUGUUAAUUGUUAUUACUCGUUAGUUGUCAGUUGUUUCAUCAUAGUUCAAAUAGAUAAUAAUUGGUUAAUAAUUAUUCAUACAUCCUACUGUUCUACAAUCUGUCAAUCUACAUGUUCACUGAUAGGUAUUACAUAUUUUUUGACGAAUUUAAAACGUAGGUUAGGCUAGACCUACCCAACAAAUUAAAUAUUUAAUACAUUUUUUAUUUCAGUAAUUAAGUGGACUUGAAUUAAUAAGUAGUAGUACAAUUUAUGGCAAUUUACAAAGGAGUUUUGCACAGACUUCAAAUUCAUAUAAGUACAGACUAAUAAGUACAUAGUGGAUGAAUUCCAAACUUAAUUAGCCUAUAUUUUUCUAAUAUUUUGGUUUAAGAAAAUUAUUCUGUAAUCUGAAUUUUUAUACAAUGGGUUCAUUAAGAUCCCUGGUUUACAUUUCGUCUGGAGGAUUUAUUUUAUGGGCAGGAACAAAUGUUAUUACCCUAAAUGAAAAAUUUUAUAAGAAAUAUGUUAUUCCUGCAUUCUUUACUUGUGAUCCAGAAAGUGCUCAUAACCUUUUAAUAUUUACGGGAAAAUAUGGUCUCAUACCAAAAUCAUUUUAUACAGAUCCACCGAUAUUGAAAACCAAGUUGUGGGAUUUGAAUUUUACCAACCCAAUAGGCCUUGCAGCUGGUUUGGAUAAACAAGGUGAAAUAACAAAAGCAUUAAAAGAUGUAGGGUUUGGUUUUGUUGAAGUUGGUUCAAUAACACCCCUACCUCAACCAGGCAAUGAAAAACCAAGAGUGUUUAGACUUUUAGAUAGUCAAGCUAUUAUUAAUAGAUAUGGAUUCAAUAGCGAUGGUCAUAAUGUUGUAUUUGAAAGGCUUAAAAAACUUAAGCACCACCAAAACUUUGAUGGUAUAGUUGGUGUUAAUUUGGGAAAAAAUAAAGAGUCUGAAAGUGCAGUUGAUGACUAUGUGAAAGGUAUUGAAAAGUUUGCUUCAGUUGCUGAUUACUUUGUUAUAAAUAUAUCCAGUCCUAAUACUCCGGGUCUAAGAAAUUUGCAAAAGAAAAAAGAUCUCAUGAGUCUACUUUCAAACGUCAUAGAAGCCAGGAAUCAAGUGUGUCAAGAACGCAAAAUUCCAUUAUUAUUAAAAAUAGCUCCUGAUCUAACUGAUCAAGAUAAAAAAGACAUUGCUGAUGUAAUUAAUGAUAAAAAGUGUAAAGUUGAUGGAUUAAUAAUCUCAAAUACAACUAUUAAACGAAGUGGUGUUUAUGAUAAUCCCAAUGCGCUAGAACCUGGUGGUCUCAGUGGGAAACCUUUGCAAGAAGAAUCUACAAAACUCAUUUUGGAAUUUUAUAAAUUGACAAAUGGUAAAGUCCCAAUUAUUGGAGUUGGUGGAGUAUUUAAUGGUCAAGAUGCAUAUGCCAAAAUCAAAGCAGGGGCCUCACUUAUACAAAUUUAUACAUCUUUCAUUUACAAUGGCCCAUCAGUUAUAGUUAAUAUAAAAAAGGAAUUAGAGUGUCUUCUUAGGGAAGAUAAAUACAACUCAAUAUCUGAUGCAAUCGGUGCAGACGCCAGACUGUAAAGUACAAUAACUAUAUUUAUUUCCAAAUUUGGAAAUUCAGAAUAGUCAGGACCUAGGGUUCGGCCAAGUAGCUCAUAUUAAAUUCCAAUCCCUGUUCUUUGAAUUGCUUACAGCAUUUGUUAAAAAUGUGUUUGAUAAUAUUAGAGAGGAUUAAGGAACACUUUUAAAGGGCUGUUUUUUGACGUCAGAAAUCAAGAUGAAAUCCGAGAUGGAAAUUUCCCAGCACUCAAAUGUUUCUAACUGAAU